GCGAAGAAGAACCCAUUUGACAUCUACACUCACUUCACAAUUCACAAUGGGUAAAGUUUUGCAAAAGAAGAAGGCCCGCUCCGGGCGCUCCAUGGCCCGGGCUAAGGACAACCGCCUCAAGAGCGGCCACAAGAAGAUCAAUGUGCUGGGCAAUCAGAUCAUCGCGGACAACUGGGAUCGUGAUCUCACCCUGACACAAAAUUACCAGCGCCUUGGUUUGAUGCACAAGCUGAAUGCACCAUCCGGUGGUCGCGAACGCCUCCCCGGAAACAAGGACCAAUACCCCGACAACAAGAACUCGCUGCACAUCCGCGGUAGCGCCAAAGCAGCCGCAGCCAAGCUCGACCUCGGCGAGACACGAGUCGAGCGCGAUCCUGAGACUGGUGCCAUUCUGCGCGUCAUUCACGACGACGAAGACAACUUUGAAGUGGCGGGUCUCCAGCGCUCACGCAACAACCCGCUUAACGACCCUCUGAACGACGUUUUGGGAGGCAAUGGCGAGAGCAACCCUCUUGCAGACUCGUUGAUUGUGCAGCAGCUUGAGCGCCAGGCGGAUCAAGAGGGCAAGACUGUCCGUGCUAAGAAGCCGCGGUACCAGAGCUCGCGCGAGGGCGAGUGGGCCCAGCGCUUGAUUGAAAAGCAUGGAGAUAAUUUUUCUGCUAUGACUCGUGAUCGCAAGCUGAAUCCUAUGCAGCAGAGCGAGGGUGAUUUGCGGAGGAGACUUAACAAGUGGAAGAAGAGUCAGUCAUAA